AUGGACUCUCAUCAGCACCAGCAGCGUCUGUUCGUCCUGCUGCCACCGGGGACCAGCCAGCCAGGCAGGGGGACCGAGGCUUUUCCCGCGAUGCACAGCUUCCACCUGCCGACAUGGCGCUCAGUGGGAACUAGCGGUGGCAGUGGGCGAUAUUGCCACAGUGACUCAUCCAGUACUCACACCUACCCUGGUCGGGUUCGGGCACCGGAGGGCAGCCCCCAAGCCCGGACGUAUCCCAGUACACCCAGACGUCAGGCAAAGCACACAGCCUGCAGUGACAACCAUGGGAUCAGGCCUCCGACCCCGGAGCAGUACCUCACACCUCUGCAGCAGAAGGAGGUGUGUAUACGACAUCUGCGAGCCCGGCUGAGGGAAAACGUGGAAAGACUACAACACAGGGACUGUGAAAUAGAUGAGUUGAGAACUCAACUCUAUAGGAUGCAAGAAGACUGGAUAGAAGAGGAAUGUCACCGUGUGGAAGCCCAGUUAGCCCUAAAAGAGGCCCGCAAGGAGAUCCAGCACCUCCAGGGGGUGGUCGAGUCAGUGAGGUCCAACAUGGGUGUCCGUGAACAGGACGCCCACGACAACAAACCAUACUCAGGGUUGCAAGGAGCUCGGCCAGGGGGGAGGUCUCGCUCCUGUGGAUGUUCUCCAGCCAGUACUUUGAGCCGCGGCACCAACUACAGCCGACUGAGCAGCGAGGCUCUGCAGCUGGAGCGCAGCUCAAACGCUCCCGAGUCGACUGGAGCGUCUCGCCCAGCGGGACAAACCCACCUGCUCCUGGAGGCAGCACUCCUGUCAGAACAGUUGCCAGCCCAGGGCCACAUCCGAGGCCCCCCAACUGUGCCACGCUCUUCCACCUAUGAAAGGCUGUGCACUGGGGGAGCUGUGCUGCCAGUCUCACACUCCUGCCACACUCUCAGUAGCAGCUGCAGGUGCAGUGGACACACCUACCUCCCUCAUCAUCACUUGUUCCUGCACUUACCUCAGGAGGAGGCCCCGGCAACAUCAGUGACUGCUGCUGCUACUCCUGCUACUGAACCCAGCCCCAUCCAAGUCCCCGUCCCCGUCUCCGUCCCUGUCCCUGUCCCUGUCCCUGCACCGGAGAAGAAACCAGAAGUGCGCUCCCAGGCCUGCAGUCCCACUAUGACCUGGCUGUGUGAGGAAAGCCCCGCUGAGGAGCUGAGCGUUAUUUCUUUAGCUGCAGCAGACGUUACUCACUCAGAACCACAGAUAUUUCCAUCAACUUUACCUUCUCUGUCCCCUGCUGAGCAUCUUUACAGUGCAGAGCCACUGCCACCUGACAAACCCAAGGAGGUGACAAAGGUGCCAACUCAGCCCCAAACCUGCCAGCCCCACCCUAUAGCACCACUCCCAGUGAGGCAAGAGGCCACAGCACUGGAGGUGGACGAGGACGAUAAGGAUGAGGCUGAGGGAGCAAAUGAAGACGGGUAUUCUCCUCAGCUGUGCCACUGGAGCCGGUACUUCCUUGUAGAUCUUCUGGCCUUGGCGGUGCCGGUGGUCCCGACCAUGGCGUGGCUGUGUCGAGGGGCGCCACAAGAAGUUCUGCCCGUGUAUCAUAUUGGGUCUCUGCUGAGAGGCUGCUGUGCCGUUGCCCUCCACUCACUUCGACGGCAGGGUGCAGGCCGGGGCCGCAGGCCUACCAGCAUGAACGGAGCAACACCGAUCUGA